AUGGCCAUGGACCCCACAAUCCCCCAGAACCCCUUCCACAUCCGCCUCCUCUACACCCUCGCCCUACUCGUCCAGCUCAGCGACGUCUACCACUUCGCCACCCUCUCCCCCCGCUUCUGGCCGCGGCGGUCCGACCUGUCCGGCCCCACGAGCACCUUCUUCCUGCGCACGUACUGCACGCUGCUGCUGCCGUACAUCCUGCUGUGCUACUGGCUGCGCCACUACCACAUCCGCGAGACGGACGUGGGGCAGGCGGUCGGCGCGUCGUUCGCCUUGUUCCAUGCGCUUGCCCCGGCGUGGUAUGUGUUGAGUUGGUGGACGGGGGGCUAUGUGCAGAGGCCCGUGGGCGUCAUUUUGGGCUUUCAUGUCGGGUGUGUGGUGUGGGCGGGGAUGGGGUGGGUUUUGUAG